AUGUACGCGUUCUUAGAUGGGCUCGUGAUCGUGGUGAUGUAUUUUUUAACUGACGCCCGAUUAUCAGUGAUUCAAAAUCUGUCAAGAACCAGCUGCAUAUUGUCUACAAAGGAUUUCAAAGAUUUAUCUAAAAUGAUUCACACGAAAGACAUUUUAGGUUCUUUAUUUCUGGCCAUCCACAUACCAAACUGUUUUAAGCACAACAUUUUCGUGACAGUAUGGAAUCUUACGUACAUAUACAUAAUGAUGGCCAACUUUUCCAUGGACAUAUUCUACAUAAAUUGCGUGUGCAUUUUGAAAGAUUGCUUCAAGAAAAUGGAAGAAUCUAUACGACAACUGAAGAAGUUCCGAAUCAAUGAUAAUAUGUCGACGCAGACGUUUAUGCAUCAUGAACAGAUAAGUUCAUUGGUGGUGAUGAAGCUGAAGAAUUUAGAGGAAAAACACUUGGAAAUCAGCGAUGGUUUGGAAUUGCUGAACCAUACGUUUAUGAUACGUGUUAUAAUCGCAGCUAUUACGACUUUCAGCGUGGUCACCUUUGAUAUAUAUUUCUAUAUAAUUUCUGUACACAGUAAAUUUCCUGCAAACAUUAAGUACUGGUACAAACCGUAUAUCACGCCAGCCGCUUUCUAUUUUAUCAAAUUUGGUAUGAUGAUUUGGGCGUGUGAGGCAGCGACGAAUCGAGCGAGAAAAAUGAAGACGACACUUUGGGAUGUUUUCAGUGCUACGAACGAUCCACUCGUGAAACGCGAGGUGGAGAUUUUUUCUCUGCAAAUAAUGCACACGACAAACAUAUUCACGACAAAGACAUUCGAUAUGAAUUCAUCAUUUUUGACAAAGGUAAUACGAAAACAAUUCAUGAAGUUUCUAUAGUCGGUUGACUUAUUAACUCUUUCGCGUACGGUGCUCCGGUUACUUUAACCAUUAUCCAUUAAAACGACAUUUGCUUUGGUUGAAGCUGCUUCUGAUCUUAUUACAUUUUCUCUUUUUUAUAAAACCAUCAGAAAAU